AAGAGAUUUCUGUCUGUAGCCAACAGAAGCUAGCCGGCUAAUCUCCAAGACAACGCAGAUUAUUUAGUCGGCCGUCUCAGAGUUUGUGUUUUGCGCCAUACCCCUCAUUGUUUUGUGAUACGCCGCCAGCAACCAACUCGAGGCGGACGCCAGAGGACAAGUUUGUACGCGCUGGACGUUUAGCCCGUGUCACUUUCACCAAUGAUGCUAACGCUGCGGCGGCACGGCUAGCGAGCAACAACCCGCUAACGGAGCCGAGCAGCGGCGCUGUCCGGAUGCUUUGAUCCGCGACGCGGCGGCGGAUUUCGGGGAGUUUCUCGUCGGCCUUGCAUCAUGUCAAGCAACCGGCCUCAGCAAAGCGCCGGUGGGGCGAGUUCAGUACCGAGCACGAGUAGCAGCAGCAGCGGCGGCAGCUCCGCGGGCACCGGGAACUCUAACGGUGGCGGCGGGGGCAACGCCGUCACAAGCAAUGGCAACAAUUCUGGAAAUGUUGUGCCCUCCCGGUCCGUGACAACCGCCGGCGAGGGCAGCUCGUCGGUGCCAGCUCUGGCCGCCGUGCCGCUGUCCCGGGGCGGCUUUGCCUCCCUGAGCAGACCCUCUGGCUCAUCCGGCAGCAGAAAGAAAUCCCUCCAUCAAGCUCCCCUAUACAACGGCCUCUUGAAUUCAUAUGAGGAUAAAAGCAACGACUUUGUUUGUCCCAUUUGCUUUGAAAUGAUAGAGGAGGCACACAUGACGAAGUGUGGACACAGUUUUUGUUUCAAGUGCAUUCGCCAGAGCUUGGAGGAUAGUAACAGAUGUCCUAAAUGUAAUUAUACUGUUGAUAAUGUGGAUCAGCUUUACCCAAACUUUCUUGUUAAUGAACUGAUCCUCAAACAGAAACAACGGUCAGAGGAAAAGAGACUAAAAUUAGAUCAUCCUAAUGGGUCUAGGUGGCAGGUCUUUCAGGAUGUUUUGAGUCCUGAUCAGGAAAACUUGGACCUUGCAAAUGUCAACCUCAUGCUGGAGCUUCUGGUUCAGAAGAAGAAACAGCUGGAGGCGGAAUCCCAAGCAGCUCAGAGACAGAUCCUCAUGGAGUUCCUUAAAGAAGCCAGAAGAAACAAGAGAGAGCAACUCGAGCAACUACAGAAAGAGCUCAACUUUCUCGAAGACGACAUAAAACGUGUUGAGGAGAUGAGCGGGCUAUACUCCCCAAUGAUGGAGGCAGAGUGUACGGUUCCUAAUGUCGAGGCUCCAUCUCCUGCACCAAGCUGCAGUAGUAUUAUUGAACCUCCUGACUACAACCAGCCUCCUGGGUUUGGCGGAACAACCCAGGGUAAAAGACAGACUUGGUACAACAGCACGCUGGCAUCAAGAAGAAAGAGGCUUACGGCUCAUUUUGAGGAUUUGGAGCAGUGCUAUUUCUCCAACAAAAUGUCUCGCAUCACAGAUGAGGGCAGGAACCUGAACCAGCUGGAUGAUUUCAUGGAGUGUUUGUCCAAGUUCACUCGCUACAACUCUGUGCGGCCGCUGGCCACCCUCUCUUAUGCCAGUGACCUUUAUAACGGCUCCAGUAUUGUCUCUAGUAUUGAGUUUGACCGUGACUGUGAUUACUUUGCCAUCGCUGGCGUGACCAAGAAGAUCAAGGUGUUUGAAUAUGGCACUGUCAUCCAGGAUGCAGUGGACAUCCACUACCCCGUCAAUGAAAUGACCUGCAAUUCCAAAAUCAGCUGUAUCAGCUGGAGCAGUUAUCACAAGAACCUUCUGGCCAGCAGUGACUAUGAGGGAACCGUUAUUCUGUGGGAUGGUUUCACUGGCCAGAGGUCCAAAGUCUACCAGGAACAUGAAAAAAGGUGUUGGAGUGUUGACUUCAAUCUGAUGGACCCCAAACUGUUAGCCUCUGGCUCCGAUGACGCUAAAGUUAAGUUGUGGUCAACCAACCUUGACAACUCGGUGGCCAGCAUCGAGGCAAAGGCCAACGUUUGCUGCGUUAAGUUCAGCCCAACUUCCAGAUAUCAUCUGGCUUUUGGUUGUGCAGACCACUGUGUCCACUACUACGAUCUACGCAACACUAAGCAGCCAAUCAUGGUGUUUAAAGGCCACAGGAAAGCCGUGUCUUACGCCAAGUUUGUCAAUGGAGAGGAGAUUGUCUCUGCGUCAACGGACAGUCAGCUGAAGCUGUGGAAUGUCAACAAGCCUCACUGCCUGCGCUCCUUCAAGGGUCACAUCAACGAGAAGAACUUCGUCGGCCUGGCAUCCAAUGGAGACUACGUGGCCUGUGGCAGUGAGAACAACUCCCUGUAUCUAUACUACAAAGGACUUUCCAAGACGCUGUUAACGUUUAAGUUUGACACAGUGAAGAGCGUUCUAGACAAGGACAAGAAGGAAGACGACACCAAUGAGUUUGUUAGUGCCGUCUGCUGGAGGGCCUUGCCUGAUGGAGAGUCUAAUGUACUGAUUGCUGCCAACAGUCAAGGAACAAUCAAGGUGCUUGAGCUCGUCUGAAGAACCUUGUUGUAUGCAGUGGUGUUUGAAGCUGCCAUCAGCCUUUUCUUUUUUUUGGCGAGAGGAGUAAUUCACGCAGGGAGAUUCCAGUCUGCCCAAUGAGCAGCAAGACAGCUGAAGGAAAUAUCACCUCUCUUUUUUUAAAUGAGCUACCAGCUUUGGAACAGCAGCAGAGACUGUGGACCAGUCCAUCAGCAUGGCAGGAGAGCAUGUGCUGCUGUGUUACAGCAUUAGAUAAUCCUCCAGCUGAUGCAUGAAACGGAACAAGAGACUUUAUUUCUUUUCAGUAAUGUUCAGCUGAUGGAAUAGUUUUUUUGUUUUGUUUUGGGUUUUUUUUUAGCCUUUUAAGUCAAAUCAAAACUUGUACCUUUUUCUUUUUUUUAAUUCAUCUGCCACUCUCAAAGGUACAUUCAGCCAAAUGCUAUCUGCAGGAUGCAUUCUCUCUUAAAGGCCAAAGCACAAGACGAAACGACACAAGGCAGAUCACACUCUAGAGGAGUGUCAUCUGAUUGAGCUUUUAAUUUCCUUUCUUUGACCGUCUGCCUCUCGUUUUCACCUCUUAUGUGUAGCUGUGUUUGUUUCUGAUUGGGAGAACCCGUUUUAAUAGGUCUGACUUGAAUCUCAUUCUUUCAUAUGCAUUGUCGGUUCCUCGUCUGGCUUCAGAGUGCAAAAUGCAGGGUAACUUUUACAAGUCAAGGAAGACCAAUGAAUUAAGGACAUUUCAAGAAUGCUUUUAUUUGUGCUGGUAUUUGUUACUAUCAGAACAAAAUUAGACGGCGUAUCAGUUAUCGCAACAACUCAUUUAACUUGAGGUGUUGAGCUGCGGUGCCUCCUGGAACUGGACUUUUAUGUAUGUGAGUUAUUUGUUACUUGUUGAAAAAUUACAACCUCACAGAAUCAGCUUUAGUUCUAUUAAAGUAGCAAUGGAAUCACUCCUCACAUGCUUUAGGUUUGAAACGUAUCAUCUGUACUGAGCUACAUUGUAACUUGGGGCGAACUGCUGUCAGUUUCUGUGGUUAAACAUGCUGACCCAUGAGUGAAUUUGGGAAAUGUCGCCAAGACCUGCCUAUUUUAUGAUAACUGAGUGAGAGAGAGGUUUUGUAUUUGUAUAACUGAAUAAAUUAUUUCGAAACUA